AUGAAACGUUUCACCAAUGAAAUCACUGUUGAUGCGAAAAUUCUUGGAGAUCAUUUGAAGUUUCGCUCGGGAAAACAGACGCAGAACCGAUUUUUGAAAGCGGCGUUGACUGAAAGAGUGUCGAGUUUUGAUCCACAAAAUCCAACAAAACAUGGAUUGCCAUCACAAACUUUGCUCAAUCUUUAUGAUAAGUGGGGAAAUGGUCAAUUUGGCGCGAUUCUAACCGGAAAUGUUAUUGUUGAUUCAGUAAGUUAUAAAUUAGUUUUUUUUUUCUAUUUUCAAAAAUCAUAAUUCAGACACACUUGGAAAGUGCUGGAAAUGCGAUUAUUUUCAAAGAGGGAGAUGGACCAGAACGCCGCGAACUUUUUGGAAAAUGGUCCAAAAAUAUAAAACAAUCCGGUUCAUUGGCAUUCGUCCAACUUUCUCAUGGAGGAAGACAAACACCAGUAACAGUUCAACCAAAUCCAUUUUCGGCAUCUUCAGUUCAAUUAGCAGGAGAAAGACGCUUUACAGGAUUUGGGAAACCUGUUGAAUUGACUAUUGAACAAAUUCAAACUGAGGUAAUCGAUAGAUUUGCCUACGCUGCCAAGUUUGCAUAUGAAACUGGUUUUGAUGGUGUUGAAUUACAUGCUGCUCAUGGAUAUUUGUUGGCUCAAUUUACUUCGCCUACAACUAAUAAGAGAACUGAUAAAUAUGGAGGAAGUUUGGAAAAUCGAUUGAGAAUUAUUCUCGAGAUCUAUGAUGCGAUUAGACAACAAGUUCCAACAGAGUUUAUCGUUGGAAUCAAAACAAAUUCCGUCGAGUUCCAAGAACAAGGUACAACUGUUGAUGAUGCCAAGGAAAUGUGUAGUAUCUUUGAGGAAAAAGGUUUUGAUUUUGUUGAAUUAUCAGGAGGAACUUAUGAAAAGAUUGCAUUCCAUCAUUUGAGAGAAUCAACAAAACAACGUGAAGCAUUCUUUUUGGAAUUCGCCGAGAAAAUUCGACCAGUUUUCAAAAACACUGUUGUUUAUUUGACUGGUGGAUUCCGAACUGUCAAAGCGAUGGUUGAAGCUGUUGAAUCGGAUGCCACUCAAGGAAUUGGAUUAGGAAGACCAAUUACAGCUGAACCUGAUUUGCCUAGAAAGAUUCUCUCCGGCCAAGUCGCUUCUUCGAUUGCCAACAAUUUUGAUGAAAACAAUUUUGCAAUCACAAACUUGGCAAGUAAUUCGCAAAUGGAGCAAAUGGGCAGAACUACAUUUGCGGAAGUUCAUAAUAAGUAAGUCGUUUGAGUUUUAUGAUAUUUUUAUGUGAUAUUUUUUCAGUAUUCUUGCAAAUAUCAGCGACUUUUCCAAUACUGAAACAUCGGAUCGAUAUUUGGAAGCUGUCAAGGGAUAUUCUGAAUAUAUGAAAAAUGAAGCAUCUCAAGGAAAACCAAUUCACGGUGUUUUGAGAUUUGAUUGA